UGAAAAAGGAUGAGAAACGGCGAAAGACCAAAACGCCCCCAACCCCCUCCCUCCAUCCGCCUUUCCGAUCUGCAGCGGCCGGAGAGCGAGCACCGGAGGCCCCUCCGGUCCCGUCUCCUCGCGCGCCGCCGCCUGCAGGUCUCGGGGUGCCGCAGGAGAUACGGCGAGGGAAGCCCGCCCUUCCCUUGCCCCACCAGCAUCCAUCCUCCCCUCGCGCGCUCGCACGUCCGGCGAGGGGCGGCGCGGGUGGGUCCACCCCCACCCAAUCCCGGCUCGAAGUCGAGUUGAAGGAUUUCUAUGAGGCGCGAGAAGUGAGCUUGGUAGUCUUGUGGAGCUGCUGGUUGAUGGAAGACGACCAGGUUUUAGUUGAUCCAGAGCUGGGGGCGGAGCUAGAGCAGAGUCUCGUAGAGCCGGUGCAGGAGCUAGAGCAGAAUCUCGUGGUGGAGCAAGGCCUUGCCAUCGGGCAAGAGUUCGCCGAUGUCCACGCAUGCCGCCGGGCCGUCAAGGACAUGGCCAUUGCCAUGCAUUUCGAGCUGCGUGUCGUGAAAUCUGACCGGAGCCGGUUCAUCGCCAAGUGCGCGAGGGAAGGCUGCCCGUGGCGUGUGCAUGUGGCGAAGUGCCACGGUGUUCCGAAUUUCACUGUCCGCACGUUGCACGGGGAGCACACCUGUGACGGUGUGCGUGACUUGCAUCAUCAGCAGGCUACUGUUGGUUGGGUAGCUAGGUCUGUUGAGGCAACACUAAGAGAUAACCCGCAGUAUAAGCCAAAAGAGAUAUUGCAGGAUAUCCGAGAGCAGCAUGGGGUAGCCGUUUCCUAUAUGCAGGCAUGGCGUGGGAAGGAGAGAAGCAUGGCUGCUGUUCAUGGUACCCUUGAGGAUGGAUAUCGCUUUCUUCCUGCCUACUGUGAGCAGAUUGUACAGACGAAUCCUGGCAGUGUGGCAAUAUACAAAGGGACUGGACCAGACAAUAGCUUCCAGCGGCUGUUUGUUUCUUUCCAUGCAUCUAUUCAUGGUUUCUUAAAUGCUUGUAGACCCCUUUUGGAAAUCGACAAGGCAGACCUCAAGGGAAAGUAUCUUGGGACAUUGUUAUGUGCUUCAGCUGUUGAUGCUGAUCACAUGAUGUUCCCGCUAGCAUUUGGUAUUGUUGAUGCUGAAAGUGAUGAAAACUGGAUGUGGUUUUUUUCAGAACUGAGGAAGAUGCUUGGAGUUAACACAGAUAAGAUGCCUAUUUUGACGAUACUAUCUGAAAGGCGACCACAAGUGGUUGAAGCUGUUGAAGUCAAUUUCCCCACUGCUUUUCAUGGAUUCUGCUUACGAUAUCAGAAUUUGAUUCAAAGGUAAAUGAUAUGGUGCAAGUUCAAGAUGUCAUGCCAUGGUUCCAACGAUUCCCACCAAAUCUCUGGGC